GUCUGAAUGCUUUCUCAGAUCUUCUCUGAUCAUCUACACAAGUUAAGACACGAUGAUCCUGAACGCUGUGUCUGUCACUGGACUCCUGCUCACCCUGAGUGGUUUGGCGGCGUAUAAUUUGAGUCAGGAGCAGUCCAAAUCGGUGAAACAGGGUGACACGGUGUCGAUACUCUGCACUGCAGAAAAUGAUGCUCAUUACAUUUCAUGGUACCAACAAAAAGCUGGUGGUCUUCCUCAGUUUCUGCUCCGCAAUGAUGUAAGAGCCAGCGGAUUACCUGACAGGUUCACUUUCACUGACUCGGGCAAUCAGGAUUAUCUGAACAUCAACGGAGUGAGAGCUGAAGAUGAAGCGGUUUAUUACUGUGCUUGUGUUGGCUGUGGAGGAGCUACACAGUUGAUAUCUGAUCAUGCGUCGUCUCCUCCGUCGCUGCUCCUGCUCACUCCCGCGGGUUCUCCGCUCUCUGAGGGUGAUAUCAGUGUGGUGUGUGUGGCUCGGGGCUUUUACCCUGACAGUGUUACCAUGUCCUGGUCUGAGAACAGCAGCAGCAUGACGGGCGAUGAGGUGCAGACGGGUCCGUCUCAGCGUCAGGCUGAUGGCACGUUCUCCCAGACCAGCGUUCUGAAGCUCAAUAAGCAGCGCUGGAGCUCCGGGGGAACCUACACGUGCCGUCUGAGUCACCCGGCGCUUUCCACACCGCUGAGCCAGAGCACCAGCCUGGCCCAGUGCGUGUAGAGAGAUCACACAGUGCUGCUUCAUCAGUUACGUGUUGCAUAAAGAGAUAUAUAAAAUGCACCUCAGUGAACAAAAGUGUCUUUAAGAAUGAGUGUGUUGUCCAUUUAAACAGCUGCUUCUGUUAUGGUGUAAUGAGUCUCAUGGCUCUCUACUCUGCUUCUUACUGCUUAUGAGCUUCAAAUCUAUUACUAUAGUAAAUAAAGCAUAUAAAGUUUUCAAAGGAAACCUUAUAAUCUA